AUGUCUGUGUCAUCGUCUUUAGCUAGUCAAUCACAGGCAGAGCUAAUUUAUUUGAGCGAUACUAGUGACCAGCAAUGGAGUCAUGAUACUGUUGGUCAAAAUCCCGGAUCGGAAAUGGAUAUACCAUGGCCAGGUGUUCAAUAUGAAAACAAGAAUGCUUUUAGUGUCCCAGCGCAAAUAAAUGGGAUGCAUAAAUCGAUGACCAGUGACAAUCUGAAUUAUUUAAAUCUACACCAUAAUUUCAGCCAGCCACCUAAGGAAUAUGUGGAUUUAUCAUAUCAAAAAAGAGAGCAAAUUAGCAAUGGUCACUAUAUACCGAAUGGAGUCAUUCCUGCUGGUACUUAUACAAGUACUAAUAUACCAAGAAACGGACCAGUGUACACAAAUACUUAUCCCAAUCCUCCAAGAGCAGAACAAUAUGUGAAUGCAAAUAAUGUAUGGAAUAACGGUCAGGGAAAUGGUCAACAAGUAUCACGUACCAAUUGGAAUGUGAACAAAGUAAUGAGUAAUGGGGUCAAAAAACCAAAACGUGCGCGCACAGCCUUCACGACAAAUCAAAUGAUAGAGUUAGAACUUGAAUACGCAAGAACAAGAUAUCUUGACCGUAAUCGUCGCAUCGAACUUUCCGAAACAUUGCAACUCAGUGAGAAGACAGUAAAAGUUUGGUUUCAAAACAGGCGUAUGAAAGAUAAAAAAGAAAGAGCUGAAGGAGGUGAUGAUUUGGAAGCUACGAGCACAACUGAGUCGUCACCGGAGAAUAUCAUGCCUCCUCCGCCAUACAACACCUAUCACCAAACUGUGCACAAUUCUGUUUACAAUCCAAGACAGAUCAUGCAUGUUCCACGAUAUCAAGAACCUAUGCCUACUUUAGACACGAGUACAAUUCCCGUACCGGUUCAGAAUGCAGUUGUGAGCGCAUACCCUAACUUUUUCACUACUCCCAAUACAGGAAAUCAUAAUUUGAAUUGUGAACAAGAUAAUUUACAGUCACAGUUUCAAACUAUUAUUGUAAAUGAUGAAAUUGAUAACGCAUCGUUACAAGCAAAUGAUGAUGAGACAAAAAGCAACACUGAAGAAACUGUGAACGAUAUAAAGUUAGAAGAAUCUUCUCCUGAAUUAAUUAAUAAAGAGAGUGAGACAUUGAAAACAAAUAUCAAUGGGCAGAAUUGGGAAGAAAUGUCGUGGGUUCGAAUUAUGGAUAUGAAUGAUGAAGUUUGA